AUGUCUUCUCAUGCCGAGAGGCAUGGCCACCUCGAUGCGACCGCGGGCCGUGAGGUAGUCUAUUGCCACGCCUGCGCUGGGGAAUGGUAUCGAGAUGAGAAUGGACUAACUUGUCCCGAAUGUCACGGCGAGAUCACAGAGAUUAUCGAUCCCGCAAACGAUCCCCGCGACUUUGAUCACCACUCCUCUGCCUCCACCUCACCCGAGCAUCACCCGUACGAUUCAGAUCCUGAAGAAGCCGACAUAGAUGAGCAUGCUCAGCAUGGCUUUGUGUUCCGACGGAGCGUCCGAGACGGUCCGAACCACCCACAUCAUCAUGAUCCCGCUACUGCGCCAACUUAUGAGCGCUUCUGGGAUAUGCUUAACGGAUUUGGACCUCGAGCACCUGGCGGAAACGGAUCUUUCCCAUCGAGCCCUGGAGAACAUGAACAGCCCCAAGAACCAAACUUUGGACCGCGCAUUCACCGGACGACUUUCACAUCAGGGCCAUUAGGCGGAACGACUUCUGUAACAAUCGUCUCGGGACCUAUACAUGCAACAAGCCGUGGUCCUGCUGGUGCCCCAGGAGGCGAAACAUUUCAAGAGUAUGCACAACCCCCAUUUCAGCUUGCUGAACGACCUGGCGGCUUGCGAGUCACGGCCAUUUCCAUGACUAUUGGAGCUAACCAACGUGCCAGUUUCUUUCAGAACAUGCUACGCGACAUUGUACCGCCACCACCCGCUCAUAAUCAUGGCGGCGAGGAAGGCGCCGGAGGUCCUCCACCCGGUCUGGCUCGAAGCUUGCAGGAUAUCCUGAAUCUUCUUAACCCAGCAAAUGCAAUGCAUGGUGAUGCAGUAUACUCCCAAGAGGCUCUGGAUCGGAUCAUCACUGGACUCAUGGAGGCCAAUCCCCAGUCUAAUGCCGCCCCUCCAGCUACAGAGGAAGCUCUCAAAAAUCUGGAACGAAAACCUAUUGACAAACAAAUGUUAGGUUCGGAGGGAAAGGCAGAGUGUACCAUUUGCAUUGAUGAGAUGAAGGAGGGGGAUAUGGCCACAUUUUUACCUUGUAACCACUGGUUUCACGAGGAGUGUGUCACCUUGUGGUUGAAGGAGCACAACACUUGCCCCAUUUGCCGAACGCCGAUCGAAAAGACUGAUCGCAGUGGCAACAAUAAUGGCGGCAAUGGAAACAACAAUAACAAUAACAAUAGCGGUGAUGGCAACCAAUCCCAAAGUCCAAAUCCAGGGCCCAACUCUGACCAACCGAAUCCGUUUGGAACGCGAGCGUCAUUCACGUUUACUCCCAACCAGUGGACAACAUUCGACAGCCCUCAUUCUCACACACGCUCGAUGCGGUUCUCGCGACCUCCGAGUCAGAGCCAGAGUCGCCUGAAUGAAGCUUUGCGUACUAUCUCGAACCGGCAACAAGAGAGAGAACGUGAACGCGAGCGUGAACGAGGCGAGACAUCGGGGUUUAGCUACGACACGUCUCGACUUCAGCGACGAAGCUCACACUCUCCAACAAGUCCUAGAGCGACUGCCCCGAGUGAACAUGGCGCUCGGAUGAGACAGAGAAGCCCUUCUCAGAGUAGCCGACGGUCAGCGGCGGACUCGGAUCAACAACGUCGACAGAGUAGCCAUGGCCCCAUUAGCUGGCUCCGCGAUAGAUUUGGCGGAGGAGGGCCUGGUAACGGACCACCACGAGAGGGAAGGCGAGAGUAG